AUGACAGACGCAGAUGUUAGUGGAUUAGACAUGGACAUGGUGUCCCCUCGGACCACCAGGGACACACAAGAGAGGGAUGUGCCUGUAAUACGCCUUGAGAAUGAGGCUGAACUCAGGGAAAUUUAUAAAUUUGGAAGGAAAUUGGGUCAAGGUAGCUUUGGAGUUGUUUAUGAAGCCACCCACAUAGAGACACAGACAAGCUGGGCUAUUAAGGAGGUUUGCAGACCAGCGGCAGGAAGUUCGAAAGUCAAGAUGCUGGGGCACGAAAUAAAUAUUCUCAGAAAAGUGAAUCACGCUCACAUAAUACAUCUAAAGGAAGUCUACGACACGCCCAGGAUGAUGUAUUUUGUUACUGAGCUGUGCGCUGGAGGAGAACUGAAGCAGCUGCUGCAGCGGAAAACGUUCUUCACAGAGGACGAGACAAGGCAUAUCAUCUGUAGCUUAGCUGACGCAGUUGCCUACCUUCACAAAAGAGACAUAGUGCACCGGGACUUGAAACUUGAGAACAUCCUUGUGAAAAAUUCUCCUGAUGAAGACGUUAAUGGCAAGAUUAAUAUCAAGGUGACAGACUUUGGAUUAUCGGUGCAGACCAGUGGUGUAGGGAUUGGGAACAUAAUGAAGGAGGCCUGUGGGACUCUUAUCUAUAUGGCACCUGAAAUGAUGAGCGGCCGUGGUUACAGCCUGUGGUGUGAUAUGUGGAGCAUAGGAGUCGUUAUGUACAUGUUGUUGUGUGGAGAGCCUCCAUUUGUGUUAAAAACAAAGGAAACCCUGCUUGAGGAAAUUAGGAACAAAGCAGUCACAUUUACUCAACCCAUCUGGGCCACUGUCAGUGAUGCAGCAAAAAAUGUAUUAUCUUGCCUCCUGAACGUGGACCCUGCCUACCGCAUGUCCGCUAAUCAGCUUCUGGAAAGCCCUUGGAUUACAGGUGACACUAGUGUGCCUGCUAUCCCGUCCAAUGUGCUGGAUAUGAUGCAUAACCAUGUGGAGGAGAAAGAGAGAACACAGUCUCUGAAGAACUCAUCGCUCACCACUUCUGAGGACUCACAGAACCUACCCCUGCUCCCCAGGGCAGCUUCAACAGAAGACAACAGUACCUUCAGGAGCCCUGCUAAGCUCAGCCCUGAGAGAGACAGCAGCUUCUCCGCACCCUCUACAUCCACUACAAAAGACAGUGGUGGCAGCCUCCAGCAGGACAAGCGCAAAAAUGGCUCUGAAACCUCGGACCCACUUGAACCAACCACCACACAGUCUCAUGCCCGUGUGAAACCCACCACCCAGACGAGUGCAAAGCAGUGCAACCCUCAGGACAAGAAGGACCUCAGCACAGGACAGAAACCAGCCUCUGAUCUAAGUAAGGCAGACGACCAGAAACCUUCUACCUCCACUAAAAGUAGGACUGGGCCCGGUAAACCACAAUCCAGCUCUAAGAUCAAUACCCAUUCAGAAUAA